AGUUUCAUAUGGGUGCAAGAGCGAGACUACUGGACAUCCGGCGAUCCCGCAUUCGCAAAGCUCGAGUUGCGCACCAAAGUCAGGUUAUCGACUGUUGCUUCUCAUAUUUCACAUCACAGAGAACGGGAGUUUGGUUGAAGCUUGAUCCUCUUUCAGGUACACGAACCCAUGAAACUUUUUAUCAAUCUUAUACAUGAAUAAGUGCUCCGCCAUUCGCUGCACUUCUUCAAAUGGGCAUUGUCUAAUAUGCACGGGCUAGACUAUGCUGCCUCUUAAAUGGGUUCUCUUGGAUUCUAUUCAUAGAUGUAGCAGCUUAAGAUCAUUCAAAAAUGUUCAUGCGCAGUUGGUUACAACUGGAAUUGUUGGUGAAGAGUUGAUUGUUAACGGAGCCGUCGAUUUCUUUGAAAAGUCUGUUGAGUUUGUCGAUUACGCUUGUGAUUUUCUAAAAAAGUUUGAUUGCCGCGUGAAUUCUUUCUCUUUUAGUAAGCUAAUAGCUAGAUAUGCUUCUAGUGAUCGGCCACAAACUGCAGUUUUGGUUUACAGAAGGAUACUGAGGGAUGGGUUUUGGCCUGAUAUGUACGUUUUUCCAGCGGUCUUGAAAUCAUGUGCUAAGUUUACGGGGAUUGGAGAGGGUAGACAGGUUCAUGGAGUGGUUGUUAAAAUGGGAUUUACUUGGGAUCUCUACGUGCAAAACUCGCUUGUCUAUUGUUACAGUGUUUGUGGGGAAUGCAUGGGCGCUGGCAGAGUGUUUGAUGAGAUGCUUGUGAGAGAUGAGAUUUCUUGGUCUGGUAUUAUAUCUGGAUAUGUGAGGGCAGGGUUGUUUGAUCAGGCCGUAGCAUUGUAUUUGAGGAUGGAUGUGGAGCCAAAUAUCAAGAGUUUAGUCAGUGUUUUGGGGGCUUGUGGGAGAAAGGGAUACUUGGGUUUGGGGAAGGAAAUUCAUGGAUUGAUCGUUAAGCGUGGAUAUGGAGUGGGCCUGGAGGCAAGCAAUGCUCUCAUGGAUAUGUAUGCCAAAUGUGAGUGUGUGUGCAUGACGAGGCAAAUUUUCUAUGAACUCCCUGAGAAAGAUAUUGUGUCUUGGACCAGUAUUAUUAGUGGAUUGGUGCAAUGCAAGCAUCCCAAGGAGUCCCUGGAGUUGUUUUGUAACAUGCAAACCUUUGGUAUAGAUCCUGACAGGGUUAUUCUUACCAGUGUGCUUUCUGCUUGUGCUAGCCUUGGGGCUCUGGAGUAUGGCAAAUGGGUACACAAUUACAUCAACCACAGAGGCAUCAAAUGGGAUAGUCAUAUUGGGACUGCAAUGAUUGACAUGUAUGCAAAGUGUGGCUGCAUAGAAUUGGCAGAGAAAACAUUCAGCAAUUUGUCUAGUAAGAAUGUUUUUACAUGGAAUGCUUUGAUAGGAGGCUUGGCGAUGCAUGGACAUGGGCAUGAGGCCCUGGAACAUUUUAAAGAAAUGCGUAAGGUUGGCAUGAGGCCCAAUGAGGUGACGUUUCUAGCCAUUUUGACAGCUUGCUGCCACUCUGGCUUUGUUGAUGAGGGACGCCGGCACUUUUAUCAGAUGAUAAGUCAACCAUAUAAUCUUUCUCCAAGGUUAGAACACUAUGGAUGCAUGAUAGAUUUGCUCUGUCGGGCAGGACAAUUGGAUGAAGCCGUAAUUCUGAUAAAGCACAUGCCUAUGUCACCUGAUGUGCUGGUAUGGGGAACUCUUCUAAACGCCUUGAAUUCCAGCAGAAAUAUGGUACUCCCUCAAGAUAUGUUAAACUUCCUGAUGGAGCUUGAGUCUCAUGACAGUGGGAUUUAUGUUCUCUUGUCGAAUAUAUUUGCUGCGAAUGGAAGAUGGAAUGAUGUCGAGAGGGUAAGGAGAUUGAUGAAGGAGAAAGGUAUUAAGAAGGCUCCUGGUUCAAGCCUUAUAGAGGUGGAUGGCGAGACCCAUGAGUUUGUUGUUGGCCACACUAGCCAAUCUUGCAAUGAGGAUAUCCACACUUUGCUAAACAUCCUUGCAAACCAGGUUUCACUUGAAGGGCGUUGUACACAAUCAUCGAUGACUCACUGAGUAAAAUUUUGUAAGAACAUUACAGCCUUUCUCCUCCUUCUCGUCUUUUGCUGUACAUAUGAAGUCGCAUUUCUCUGGGCAGUUGUCGAAGGGAUUCACGUAGAUGUGAGACAUAUUGAGAAGCUAAGCUCAUCUCUAUUAUAGGUACGAAUUCUGGAAAGCAGCAGAGGGUGAAGCCUUGCGAGCUCAAGGAUGUAGCAAGAAAUUUGGUCUAGGAGGAGCAAUCCAUGGGUUAUACUUCAAACUUGGUACUUUACUUAAUAAAUAAUUGGUCUGACUGCUUUUUGCUUCUCCAUCAUUGUCUUAGUAGUAUAAAAAGGAAAGACUUGCAGGGACUUAGAGGUCUAUUGGUCUGGUUGAUUAUUUGGUUUGCAGGCUCCAUCCUGAAGCUUAACUGAGUUUUCAAAUGCAUGAUGUGCAAAGGGAUUUCAAUUAAAUGGCUACCUCUUUCUGUUUUAUGUUAUUAACCUAGUUUGUAAGUGAAUAGUCACUUUAAUGCAACAGACAACAAGUUUAAUUGUGCAUGGGCUGCUCGUUGGCAGUGAAACAAAUCAUCUGACACCCUCUAUUUUAGUGAAUAACAUCUAUCUUUUUCUUUCCAUAAUAAUUUGGAACCAAAGAUUUGAACUGCAACAUAAUUGCAUACUCCAACCACCUUUGGCACGCGUCCAACAACUAGAGUGCAUAAGAAAAUAAAACAAAUGUAAGGGAGCAGGUUGGUAUU